AUGGCUGCCUUAAUUUUGUACAGCUCAGGUGAAUUUCUUUUGUUCCUCCCUGGUUUGCCUUUUAAGUUUUGUGCCAGUGAAGGUACUGACAAUAACAGAACUUUUGAAAAUGUCCAAGGACUUUUAGGAACUACUCUAUUUGGUAUUUGCAAUAUCAUAUAUUUCCAAUAUCUAUGUACAAUUUGUAAAUAUUUAUUUUCCUUAAUUUCUGACACAUUUGUGUGUGCAAGCCCUGAAAUUAACCCUGUAACUCAGGAACCUGUUCGGUGUGCAAACUCUACAGCUUAUGCUCCUUGUUUUCCAGCAACCAAUAUUACUUGUAAAGACUUUGGUGGAAAUGUGACAACCUUUACUGGUAAAGAGAUAGGAUUUUAUAAACCUUUUCCCUGCCGCAAUGUAAAUGGCUAUUCCUAUAAAGUUGCGGUUGCCCUCUCUUUGUUUCUUGGAUGGUUGGGUGCUGACAGAUUCUACCUUGGAUACCCUGCUCUGGGAUUGCUGAAAUUUUGCACAGUUGGGUUUUGUGGUAUUGGAAGCCUGAUGGACUUCAUUCUAAUCUCCAUGCAGAUUGUUGGACCUUCCGAUGGGUCAAGUUAUAUUAUAGAUUACUACGGUGCAAGACUUGUUCGCCUGAGUAUUAAUAACGACACCUAUCGCAAAACUCAGAUAUACCCAUGAACGUGGAGUCACAUGGAAAAGAGAAUACGAAGGAAGAAUUGUAUUUAAAGACUACUUGACUUGCUCUCUAUAAUAUAUAUAUAUAAAUAAAUAAAUAUCACAAAGUAUUUCACAAACCCUACAUAUAUACUUCUAGGUUUAAUUCUUGUAAAUAGCAAGAGCAUUAAAGCGUCACAUUUGUCUUGUUUUUGUUUUCUUUUUCCCAAGAAGAAUAUUCAUUCCCAAAGUUUGUUUUACUAUAAAUAUCUGAAAAUGUGCCCAUGUUUACCUACUGUUAAAUGUCCCCUGUGAUCCCUUCAUUACAGACAAGUCGUCUGCCAUGAAAGAUAUUAAUGUGUCGGGAUUGUAAAUUAUUAGAUGAACAAAUGUCAAGUUUGGAUGUUAAUGUUUAAGAAUAUGAAACAGAUUGCUGGUGUAUAUAUUAACUUAUUACAUUUA